AUGUUUUGCAAUCAUUUUACUUCAUAUAACUAUCAUCAAAAUUAUAUAAGACGCCCACAUAAUAUAUUUGAUACGUCUUCAGAUAACAAAAAAGAUACUAGAAUAAAUGACACAUUAAAUAUCAAAAUAGAAUUAGAUAACGAAGAAGUUGUAGUACCAAAUGAAGAAAUCAACUACGUAAUACCAAAUGAAGAAAUCGACUAUGAAUUAUCAAAUGAAGGAAUCGACUAUGAAUUAUCAAAUGAAGGAAUCAACUAUGAAAGUGAUUAUGAGAUGCUAAUUAAAAUCGAAACCAAUUCUGAAGUGCCCAAUAAUGAUUUUUUCGCUAAGGAAGAAAUUAUCUGA